GUUACCACCAUUACAGUCUGAGAGAGACAAAGACAGAGAUAGAGAGACUCCACAUUUUACAUAUUCUUGAGAAGUACUAGGCUAAAAUUCUGCUCUUUUGGGUCUGAUGGGUCGCUGCAGUUUCUCCUCGGACGAUAUAGUAAUAAAGUCUCCGAAUGAUAAGAAACUGUACAGAUUAAUCAAGCUUGAGAAUGGCCUCACUGCAUUGCUCAUUCAUGAUCCUGAGAUUUACCCACAAGGGCCCAAAAGCCUUGAACCCAGUGAAGAAGAUGAAGCAGCCAAAGGUGGAGAUGGUGCCUCUGAGACUAAGACGGCAGCAGCAGCAAUGUGCGUUGGAAUAGGCAGCAUGUCUGACCCUGUUGAGGCACAAGGGCUUGCACACUUCCUAGAACACAUGCUCUUUAUGGGGAGUACAAAGUUUCCUAUUGAAAAUGAGUUUGGUAGUUACUUGUCCAAGCAUGGAGGAUGGUCAAAUGCAUACACAGAAGCAGAGCAGACUUGCUACUAUUUUGUUGUAAAACGAGAGUUUCUUAAGGGUGCCUUAUCAAGAUUUUCUCAGUUCUUUGUUUCACCUCUAAUGAAAAGUGAAGCCAUGGAGCGAGAGUUACAGGCUAUAGAUUCAGAAUUUAACAGGGUUCUGCAAAACGAUUUUUGCCGCCUUCAGCAACUUCAAUGCUAUACAUCAUCACCUGGUCACCCAUUUAACAAAUUCUCUUGGGGAAAUAAGAAGAGCUUGGUUAAUGCAAAAGAAAAAGGGAUCGACUUGCGUGAACAAAUAAUGAAAUUUUACAGUGACUAUUACCAUGGUGGAUUAAUGAAGCUAGUUGUCAUUGGUGGAGAAUCUCUUGAUGUACUUGAGGAGUGGAUUUUAGAACUGUAUGGAGAUGUUAAAAGUGGUCCCCAAGUAAAUCUGGAGUUCAAGGCAGAAGGUCCUAUAUGGAAAUCUGGAAAACUUUACAGGCUAGAGGCUGUUGACAAUGUUCAUAUACUCCACUUAGCAUGGACACUUCCAUGUCUUCAUCGACACUAUUUGAAAAGCCCAACAUAUUAUUUACGUCAUCUCCUUGAGCAUGAGGGCAGGGGAAGUUUGUAUUUCUACCUCAAAGCUAGAGGUUGGGCAACAUUUGUAAGUGCUCCAGUGGAACACUAUUCUGUGGCUGAUGUCUUCUGCAUGAUCAUAUACCUCACUGACUCUGGAUUGGAGAAGAUUUUCGAUAUAAUUGGGUUGGUGUAUCAAUACAUUAAGUUCUUACGGCAAGUGUUGCCCCAAGAAUGGAUAUUUCGUGAACUCCAGGAUAUUGGGAACAUCUACCUUAGGUUUUUAGAGGAGCAGCCCCAGGAUUAUUAUACUUUAAGACUUGGAGGAAAUUUACUACAUUAUCCCGCAGAGCAUGCUAUUUAUGGGGACUAUUUGCUAGAGAGUUGGGAUGAGAAAUUGAUAGAAUAUACUCUAGGUUUCUUGAGACCAGAAAACAUGAGGAUUGAUGUGAUAUCUAAGUCCUCCACGUUGUCAGAAGAUUUCCAGUGCGAGCCUUGGUUUGGGUCACAUUUGACCGAGGAAGAUAUAUCUCCGUCUUUGAUAGAUUUAUGGAAGGAUCCUCAAGAAAUUGAUAGUUCAUUGCAUCUCCCAGAAAAGAAUGAAUUCAUUCCCUCUGAUUUUUCCAUCCGUUCUGAUGUUCUUGAUACAGCAAAUACAUCUUGUCCUAGAUGUAUACUUGAUGGGCCAUUGGUGAAGUUAUGGUACAAGCUUGAUAGUACUUACAAACUUCCGCAGGCAAACAUAUAUUUUCGCGUCAGUCUAAAGGGAGCAUCUGGUAGUGUGAAGAGUUCUGUCUUGACUCAACUAUAUGGCGACCUUCUUUGGGAUGAGCUGAAUGAGGUUGUAUAUCAGGCUAGUGUCGCCCAGCUGGGAACUUCUGUAUCUGUGUACACUAACUAUCUGGAGCUGAAGGUCAGCGGUUUCAAUGAUAAGAUUCCAACUCUCUUGUCAAAAAUUAUGACAACAGCCAAAAAUUUCUCGCCAACUUACGAAUGUUUCAAGGUUAUUAAAGAGGACAUGGAGCGAGCAUAUAAGAACACCAAUAUGGAUCCUUGGAGCCACUCGACAUACUUGAGAAAUGAAGUUUUGUACCAAAAUUUCUGUGAUGUAGAUGAGACGUUGCAUGUUUUAAAUGGAUUGACUGUUUCUGAUGUGAAGUCAUUCAUUCCCGAGCUUUGGUCCCCGCAUUACAUUGAAGGCCUUUGCCAUGGAAAUCUGUUAGAAGAAGAAGCAAUCAGCCUUUUAAAUAUAGUGAAGACAAAUUUUUCUGUGCAACCACAUCCUAUCGAACUGAAGCAUAAAAAUAACUGUAUUUGUCUUCCUCCUGAUGCUAACGUCAUUAGAGAUGUCAGAGUGAAGAAUAUGUCUCAAACAAACUCUGUUAUUGAGCUGUAUUUUCAAAUUGAGUGGGCAGUGGGGAUUGAGUCCACCAGAUUGAGAGCAUUGAUAGAUCUCUUUUGUGAAAUUGUAAGCGAACCACUUUACAAUCAGCUAAGGACAAAGGAGCAGCUGGGAUAUGUUGUUCAAUGUAACUGGAAUGUAACACUCGAUGUUUUUGGUUUUUAUUUUAAAGUUCAGUCGUCUGAUUACAAUCCAAUCUACUUACAAAGAAGAGUUGACAACUUUAUCAGUGAUAUGGAAGAGCUUUUGCUAGGAUUGGAUGAUGAAUCCUUUGAGAAUUACCAAGGUGGGUUAAUAGCGAAGCUAUUGGAGAAAGAUUCAACCCUUAUGGAUGAAACUGCUCGAUAUUGGGAUCAUAUUAUCUGCAAAAGGUAUAAGUUUGACAAAUGGGAAAAGAUAGCAGAAGAACUCAGAAGUCUACAGAAGGGGGAUGUUAUCAACUUUUACAAGACUUACUUGCAACUAUCAUCUCCCAAGCGUCGGAGACUUGUAACUCGUGUUUGGGGUUGCAACACUGACAUGAAAGAAGCUGAAGAAGCGCGAACGGAGUCUGAGCAAGUCAUUGAAGACCUUGCAGCCUUUAAGAGGUCAUCUCAGUUCUAUGGUCAUGGAAGUUGUCAGACAGUUGCUCCUCCGAUUAUGUGUAAGCUUUAGAAUAAUGCUCUUAGAAGAGUUUCCGUUAAGUUGGCACAGUAUCAUGAUAUCAUCUGUGUAGUUAAAUCCCUUUAGGGGCAGAGCUGUUUUCUUGCAAAACUUGAUGGAUUUGCUUUUAAUAGGUAAACGCAAACUUGGAUUCCAAGAAACAAGCUUCCAAUGUGCUAGGAAAAUUGGAUUUUUGUGUAGGUUUUGCUUUAACAACUUGCUAUUAUAUCAUCUUAAAGGUAAAGUUUAG